UGCGCAGAAGGAGCCGCUGCCUCUCUGCGGCUCGGCCAGCCCGUGGACUACAACUCCCAGCGAGCUCCGGCAGAAGGAAAAGCCUUUGCCUCGGAUAGCUGCUGCCGCUGCCGCUGCCGCUGCCGCUGCCGCCGCCGCCCAGGCUCAAGCGCCGAGCCCUCCCAGCUGCUGCGCUGGAGCCGGCCCGCGGCGCCGAGCAACAGGAGCCUCUGCAUCUCGCCUAGGCCGGCGGCGCCCCAUGCAGCUGCAGCUCCCGCCGCGGCCUGGAGGUGCCUCCCGAGGCCGCCGCCGGGCCGCUGGGAAGUAGCCUGGUCCGCCUCGCCGCUGCCCGCUCCCCGUCCUCCUCCUCUCCCUCCUCGUCUUCCUCCUCCUCCCCGCGCGGCCUUCGAGCAGGAGCCGGCGGAGCUGAGCAUGGCUCGGGCGCUGCUGGGGCUGCUGCUGUGCUUGGGCUCCGGGGUGGCGCGAGGCCCCGUCCAGGCGCCCGUCGGGCUCCGGCUGCCCUUGCGGAGCGCGCCGAUCCAGUCGCGGGAGCCGCGCUCGGCCGACGAGCAGGACGAGCCUCGCCCCGGCAGCGGCGGCGGCGGCGUCUUCGCCGACAUGCUGGACAACCUGCGAGGCAAGUCCGGGCAGGGCUACUACGUGGAGAUGACGGUGGGGAGCCCCCCGCAGAAGCUGAAUAUCUUGGUGGACACAGGGAGCAGUAACUUUGCUGUGGGUGCAGCACCUCAUCCUUUCCUCAGGCGGUACUACCGGCGCCAGCUCUCUGGUACGUACCGGGACUUGCGGAAAGGAGUCUACGUGCCGUACACGCAGGGCAAGUGGGAAGGGGAGCUUGGCACUGACCUGGUGACCAUCCCCCACGGCCCAAACGUCACCGUCCGCGCCAACAUUGCUGCCAUCACCGAGUCAGACAAGUUUUUCAUCAACGGGUCCAACUGGGAAGGGAUCCUGGGCCUGGCGUAUGCAGAGAUUGCCCGGCCUGAUGACACCCUGGAGCCUUUCUUUGACUCGCUGGUGAAGCAAACCCAGGUCCCCAACCUCUUCUCCCUGCAGCUGUGUGGCGCCGGCUUCCCACCCAACGUCUCGGACGCCCUGGCUUCUGUGGGGGGCAGCAUGAUCAUUGGAGGCAUCGACCCGUCCCUCUAUGUGGGCAGCAUCUGGUACACCCCGAUUCGGAAGGAGUGGUACUACGAGGUCAUCAUUGUCAGGAUAGAGAUCAACGGGCAGGACCUGCAGAUGGACUGCAAGGAGUACAACUAUGACAAGAGCAUCGUGGACAGCGGCACCACCAACCUCCGCCUCCCCAAGAAAGUCUUUGAGGCAGCAGUGAAGUCCAUAAAGACAGCUUCCUCGACAGAGAAGUUCCCUGAUGGCUUCUGGCUGGGGGAGCAGCUGGUUUGCUGGCAAGUGGGCACCACCCCCUGGCACAUCUUCCCGGUCAUCUCUCUCUACCUGAUGGGCGAGACCACCAACCAGUCUUUCCGGAUCAGCAUCCUGCCACAGCAAUACCUGCGGCCUGUCGAGGACGUGGCCACGUCUCAGGAUGAAUGCUACAAGUUCGCCAUCUCCCAGUCGUCCACGGGCACCGUCAUGGGCGCUGUCAUCAUGGAGGGCUUCUACGUGGUCUUUGACCGGGCUCGCAAGCGCAUCGGCUUUGCAGUCAGUGCCUGCCAUGUGCACGACGAGUUCCGCACGGCCGCUGUGGACGGCCCUUUCCUUCACUCCAACAUGGAGGACUGUGGCUACAACAUCCCCCAGACGGAUGAGUCCACGCUGAUGACCAUCGCCUACGUAAUGGCGGCCAUCUGCGCCCUCUUCAUGCUCCCUCUCUGCCUCAUGGUGUCCCAGUGGCGCUGCCUGCGCUGCCUGCGCCGGGGCCACGACGACUUUGCCGACGACAUCUCCUUGCUCAAGUGAGGGCUCUUGCCUCCCCACCCUCAGGCCCGUGCCGGCAGCCAGGGGGCACAGCUGCCGGGAGCCACAAACUCCUCCCACCCCCUUCCACCUCUGCCGUGUGCGGGUCUGCAGCUGCCUCAGGGCCACCUGCGAGCGGGGGACUGGCUGCCUGCACCGAAAGCGGCAGAAGACGCGCAACCUUUUCCUCCCUCCUGCCGUGGUUUGUGGGAUGGCAGCUUAUGGAGGCCCUACUCUUCCUCUCGCUGCCCGCCUGGUGGGCGAGAGAGGCCUACUGUCACCGUGCAAGGAAGAGAAGCAGGAACCCUGGUGAGCCCUGGUUGCUCAGCUCAGGAGGGGCCCAGAGCUAUUUCCCACCUCAGGGCUUCAUGGCUGUUUCCCCCGUUUUGCUCGUGUUGUGACAAUGGGACUACUUGCGAGGUCUCACGACCUGGAAGGGUUUGCCGGAAAGGGGCAGCGGGGAUGGACGGACCCCAAAGUGUUGCUUCUGUGUAGCGCCGAUGAGAGUGGCUGUCAUUUCUUAAAGGGUUUGUGUGCGUGUCUCUCUACAAAAUAUAUAUAUAGAGAUAUAUAUAAAUAUAUGUAACUUAUACAAUGGUAAACUGAAGGAGGGGGAAUCUGUCCCCACCCCACUCAGGGAGCAUUUGGGCUCCUUCUCGGCCCUUCACUGGCCGCACUUCUUUCAAGGACCCCCCCCCCCCACAGAUAGGGUCUGGGGGCAAGGCCAGCUGUGACACACAGGUGUCCAUAUUAAGGUGAGGGUUCCAUCCGUGCAAAGUGGAGGGAGGAUUCCUGCCUCUGGCAGUGGACGGGCCUUGAUGGUCCCUUUUUAAUCCCAGGCAUCCAAAAGGCUUUCAGGAGUCUAAAAGAGUUUUGCAGCCAUUGAUGAGAAGGAGCAGCUGCCUCUUCCCUUCUCAAGGCUGUCUAGCUGCCUUUCCUAGCUGCUUCCCUGGAGAAGCGCUUUCUCUUCAAGGAUCCUCUCUUGAUGGGCAUCUCACUCCUCCUUGUUCCUUGCCUCCUUCAUGAGCAGGACUCUGGGGUGGCAGAACUCAGUGGAGUUCUGCCCAUCGUGGGGAGUCAGCCCUCUUUGUGGGGGAAUAGUUGUCCACCUGGAGGGCACCAAUCUGGGGUGGAUGGUUUUAUGCAGACAUCCAUCACACCUGGAGCCAUGUGUGACUCACUUGGGUUUAGCAAGCCUCCAGGGGACUCAUCACCCCCAUAUCCACCCUGCCACCCUUUUCUCCAGUUCCAUCCUUCAGUGUUUUCCUUGUGGCUUCUUCUUCAUUGUUAAGUCCUGCUGGUUGGGCAAUGUUAGCUGUGGAGGUGCAGUGAGCCAGAUCUAGGGCCAGCUGGAUGGUGCUGGCCUCCAAACUCUUACUCUGCAAGGAAACAGGACCCCCCUCUUCCCUGUUACAGUCUGAACAUGGUCCAGGAGUCUGGGCUGCCUGUUGCCACAGAUAUUUAGAGCUCAUUUCAUCAUUGCCUCCUGAGCAUCCUUGGGCAACUGCUGAUAGCCAGGUGCUGCUUCUGCAGCCGCCGUUGUCACCUGAGCAUCACUGAACCUAGGAAGCUGCCUUCUGCCACUGGUCCAUCUAGCCCCGUAUCGUCCAACAUGAGCCUCCCCCAAGGUGGUGCCCUUGGACUACAACUCCCAUUAGCCCCAGCUGUGUGAUGCUGGGAGAAGGGAGCACAGCUGUGCUUGGCUGGGAAGGAUGGAGGUUGUAGUCAAAAACACCAGGCAGGUGCUGGCCUCGAGAGAGGCUGCUCUGCCCCUGGCUGGCAGCAGUUCAGGCAGGGGUCUCUCCUUGCUUUACCUGGAGAGGUUGAGGAUGGAACUUGGGACCAGUGGCCUGGAGGCAGCUGCUCAGGUGCCUGGCUUGCCUGCCUCGCAAUUGGAUGGAUGCACCAGGCAGCCUGGCUAUGACUUGCUUCCCAGAAAGAGAGCAGGCAGGAGGCCAGGCUUUCCUUCAGGAAAUCUGGCCCUGCAUCACGUCACCAUAGGAAUUACCCUUCUCCCACUCCCACAUCAUUUGCUUGGUGGUAGAUGUCCCACCAGGAGAGAUGCCUCUGCCUAGGACAAAUGGCUGUGCCAUGCCCUCGUUGCUGGCUGGGUAGAGCAGAAGCUUUGGGGGAGGCUGGCAUGGAGCAGCCGACCUCCUAACUCUGCCCUGCCUGGGCUCUCAGUGGUAUGAAGGAGUUGGGGCACAUUCCUCCUGCAAGGAUGUCCAGCAGGGCUUCCCGGAGCCUCUGUUGGGACGGGUUGGUGCUGCUGCUUACUUUUUCUGGGGGUGUGCAUUCAGGGGUCCAUGCCUUUGCCUGCCACACUGGCAAGAGGCAGCUAGCAAGGAAUUGCCCCAGCUCCAGGAAAGACAGGGGACCAAGAAGCACUUGGCGGUCAGCUGCUGCUCACCCACCAAAGCCAUAGACGGGGAGGCUGCCUCUGCCUGGCAUUGCUCGCAAGAGACAAAACUUCUGCCACUGAAGUGUGUGUGUGUGUUGCUCAGUUGAUCCGAAGGUUGCAAGAGGCUUUAUCCCUUCCCCUUCCAACAACAUGUCCAUUGUUUUCAAAUACAUGUAUGUGUGUGUGUGUGUGUGUGUGUAUAUAUAUAUAUAUGUUGGCUGUUCUUGAAAUCGUUAUUUUCCAAAAACCUUUUUGCAUAGUUGCAGGGCUAUUUCCGCAGUGUGGAUGGAGGUAGCUGCCUUCUGCUUGCUAGAAUGCCAGAUGCCAUCUGCUUGUACAAUAUUCUGUAAAUAUUUGUAAUACUGGCUCCCAAAUCCUCCCAGUUUUAUCUCAAAUGGAAGUGGAGGAGAAAGGAGCUAAGUGACCCUUUUUAUUUUUGUAAAUGUCUGGUUCCUUUUAAACACUUGUUUGCUAAGGCUUAAUGGACAGGUGGUGGGAGGCCGGGUGGAUGGGAGGGGGGGAAUAGCUCUGGGAUGGAUAAAUGCACUUUAUGGACUGUACCAAGCUUCACGUGGUGCUGAGGGGGGUUCUUUCUCUCUCUCUCUCUCCUCCCAUUCCCUGGAAUGGUCUGGCUUAUGGGAGUGAAGCACUUGUUGGCCAUCAGCACCACUGAAGCAGUUUGCAAAGCUUGCUUUCAAAUAAUGACCUCAGUGGUGUGAUGGCAGAAGGCCCUCUCUCCUGUCCUGUCCCCCCCCUCCAAGCACAGCAAUGGCCCCAGCCAAGCACCUUACACCCACACCCAUCCACCCACCCAGAACUCAAUACCAUUUUAUAAGCAUCAGGACAGAUCAGGUCAUUUUCAAACACAGGCAAGCUGGGAAAGAAGAGCAACGCAGAUGCCACUCUAAGCUUUUUGCUGAAGGCUUGGGGAGGGGAGGGUCCACCUUUUUGUGCACAUCUGGUCUGGUCCUUAUGACCCACAAGCACUUCGACCCACAGCUUUCAAACUCUGGGGGAGCAUGCACACACACACACACACACACACACACACACACACACACACACACACACUGUGAUGGAGAAGGCCUUCCAAGUGAUAGAACCCCAGCUUCCACCAUGGCCAGUAGCUUCACCAUUCCCCCACCCUACAGCAUUUUUUGCCCUUGCAGCAGAAUUAAAGCACCACUGCCUCUCCCCAGGCUAGCAAAGCAGAUCUGAAGUGGCCAAGGAGCAUGGCCCAAGGGGCGUGUGCGCACACCUGUGCAGUUCUGCAUACUUCCCAAGCUGGCUUUGGAAGGUGAGCAAAAGGCUUUGUCAUGGCCACGGUAGGGGAGAGUCCCAUUCUACAUAUCCCAGAAACAGGGGGCAGAUUUGUGUUUACUGAAGGCAGAGUAAGGUAAGGUGGUGGCACCCCAUUUGGAAGUUUGAGAAACACUGCCUUAAACAAACUUUGCUCUUUGACCUUCAUGCUCAGCCACGCAUUGUGGGACCCACUUAAUUUUUUUCUUUCUCUUCGUAUGGUGCGGGACAGUUGUGGUGACCUGCCUUGGAUGAGGUGAUGGCAAGAGUACUAGGUUCUGACAUAGCUGAUUCUAAGAUCAUGGCAGGGAAGCAUCAGCCACUGUAACCCAACCCCUAGGUGACAGGGGCCACCAACUCCCAGCCCCUGACUUGAGCCUCUUGCAUGGUGACAACCCCUCUCGAUUUGGUAAACAGUACGAGAGGCUCCCAGCCACAUAGGACUCUGGGGGCUCCCUAGCAAACACUGCCUUAAUCAGCUGCUACAGGGACUUCCAAGGCAGCUUGAAAAGGGGAGGAAGGAAGCACUGCGAAGUGGGGAGGCCCAACGACUGCCAGUUUGCACAUGUUGCUGCUCGUUGCAGCCAAGGCCAGAGAGGAGCAGCAGGGUCCUUUGCCCACUCCCCACAGCUUUCCCGAAGAGCAACACAACCAGGAUCCUGGAGGCAGAACCAGAAAAGCAGAAGGUGCUGAAGAAGAGAGUGUAAAAUGAGGGGUUUGGGAUAGGCACCACCUGAGAUUCCAGCACUGUAACUCCCCCCAACCCAUGUCUCUGUCAGAAACAUGAAUGUUUAACAUGGUAAAUUAUUGCAUUAAAGAGAGAAGAAAAAAA